GUGCCAUGUGGUGUAAAUCUUUAUGGAUUUUGUAUUGCGGCCUGUGACAUGUCUCUUUGGAUACUUAAUGAGCUUCUUUUUUUUUUUUGUUGAAGACCGUUCCCUCAGCUCUACACCUCCGGAUGUGUCACUUGAUCGGUUUGUAUUCCAUCAAGAACUUGGUCGUGGCAGCUACGGAAAAGUGAUGUUGGCACAAGAUUCUAUCAGCCGGGACCUUGUGGCCAUAAAAAUCAUCAAAAAGAAGGUUCUCCUGCAGGAUGAGGUUGAUAGAGAAGGUGCAAUGGCAGAGCGUCAGGCACUAGUUCUCGCCUCUGGUGGUGUAUAUGUGACAUCUUUAUAUGCCACCUUCCAGAGCCCGGAACAUCUUUUCUUUGUCAUGCCAUAUAUCAGUGGAGGAACUUUACACCAACGCAUGGCAAAGACCCAGUAUUUGGAAGCCCACAGCAUAUUGUAAGUACCGAGGGGAACUGGAAAAUGAGUUUAGAUAAUAGAAAAAACAAUAGGCUGAAUAUAAUGUCUCCCUCACAUACAGCUGGAGUAUGUGUCCUACUGUACAUCCGCUCUAUUCAAAGGAAUAGAACAAAGCUACAGACACACUGUUCCUUAAAUGCCUGAUUUUUAGCUCUAUAGAUAUGUGGGAAAUACUGGAGUAAGAAAGCUGAACAUUUCUAUUAAUGCUGCACACGAGUUUAAUAUUGACAUUGGUCCACAAGUAGUUUAUGCAAAAUAAAGG